AUGCCAUUUCUAUCGUAUCGACAAGCUCUCGAGCUCAAAAAAGAGUUACAAGAGACGCAUGCAGAGGUGAUUACUCCCGAGAAUGAAAAUUAUGCCGAGGGUAUCAGCCGCUUUAGUGAUCCAUUCACCUCUACAGAGGAGGCGUCCAAAGUUGUUAGCUUCGCCACCAAGCGCUACAUUCCCUUUGUGGUCCAGGGUGGAGGUUACAGUACAAGCGGAUCGUCCUCCACUCAUGGUGGGAUCGUCAUCAGCUUGUCCCAGAUGUCUAAGAUUACAGUUGAUCCGGCUUCAAGAACCGUUGCUGCCGAAGGUGGCGCAAAGUGGGGAGAUGUGGACAAGGUUGCGGCUGACUCUGGGCUUGCGGUUGUUGGGUGCACAGUGAAUCAUACUAGCGUUGGCGGCACGACCUUGGGAGGGGUUUACGGCUGGCUCACUGGGCACUACAGCUUGAUUAUAGACAACCUGCUUCAUGUGAGAAUGGUAUUAGCUGAUGGGAGUAUUGUUCAGGCGUCUAUCAUGGAAAACCCCGAUCUCUUCUGGGCCGUUCGAGGUGCCGGGCAGAGUUUUGGCGUGGCCACAGAGCUUGUUUUUAAGGUAUAUCCCCAAGUAGAUCCGGUGUUUGGGGGAUUGCUAUACUUCACUCCUGACCAUCUGCCCCAAAUUAUUGAAUUUGCAAAUGGGCUUGAGGAGCGUGCUACAGGGAACGAGAGCUUUUUCUUUGAUGUGAAGUUUUUGCGGGAGCUGUACAAAGAUUUCGACAAGAUUCUGAAGACUUACCCUGGUGCUGGCGAGAACGUAGUGGUAUUUGAGUUGGUGCCGUAUACUGAACUCAUCAAAGUGCCCAACAACGCCACUGCGUUUGCCAACCGGGGAAAGUAUCAUAAUGCGGGCUCGAUUUUUUGCUGGCAUGAUGUUGAACUGGAUCAUAAGAUGCAAUCUAUUCAGCAGGACCUGAUGCAUAAAAUUGCACAGGGUGCCGGCGUUUCCAGGAGCAUGGAACUGAACCAGAGCGUGGGAGUCUACGCAAAUUAUGCAGGACAUGCAUGA